ACCGUCUUAGAUGGUCUCUAGUCCCACGCAUCAACGGCCCAGAUGUGACCGAACGGUCCAGUAGAGUAAACUAUAGAGAGAGAAGAGAGAGCUCUGUUCGAACCAGGGGUUCCGAACCGCAAAAUUUCUCUUAGAAACUCCAAUGGCUGAGCUAAAAGGAAAGGAUGUAACUGAGCAAGAGACUGAAGCAAUAACCCACACUGGAAAAUCACCUCACCAUCACAAGGAAACACAUGGAAGGAGUGAUGACAUUGACAAGAACACCCAGGUUGAUAAAGUCAAAGGGCCUAAUGUGUUUGAACGAGUAAAGGAAGAGGUUGAGGCCCUUGUUGAAACAAUUCAUCCUAAGAAAGAAUCCAAAAAUCAUGAUUCAUCUUAGAAGUGAGAGGUUGGUCGAGCCUCAGUCAUUAGAAGGUUUGAGAAAUUCACAGUCAAUGUGAUUAGAAAGCUGGAGAAGCAAAUAUCGAAUGAUGAUUAAUUUCUCUUGAUUUCUACGUAUGUAUGUACGUGAUUUAACCAUCUAAAUCGAACUAUUGUGCUCAAGUACUUUUCCUGGUUA